AUGUUGAUGCGCCUGACUAUUGAUGAUGAUCAGAAUCUGAUCUACUUCUUUGUUGUAGAAUCACACAAGACCUGUACGGAUAACGGCGACUGCUAUGAACCGGAUACCGUAUGUCAAGAUAAUGACGGUUUCCAAUCCAAGGUGUGCUUUUGUAUCUAUACACUUCAACCUACCAACGAGUAUGGGGAGUGUAUAUCAGAUAAACCCCCUCCAGACAAGAGGAAUGACGUAUUUCCGGUUCAACCACUAGUUGGACUGUUUGGUCCCGCGGACAAUGAGACUAUCCCCAACACCAAACAUGUCCGCAAUGAGACAGAGCCAUUGUACAAACAAAGCGACAGUAUGUCGGACCAGCUAACAGCCAUACAGAUUUUCAUCCCACUCGCAUCCGUUUUGUUCGUGCUAUUGGCCUUAUUUUUAUUUGUCGCUCGAAGGAUCAAAUUAUGCAAAAGAAAACGUAGGAAGGAGUCGGCUGUAAAAACAACAGAAGAUGAACAGUUGCUAGAUAGAAUGAACUUUGUAAAUAAAAACCCGACUUACUUUCUAUCUCCACAUGAUGGUGUCAAGGGUAGAAAAUUCAACAUUAAAGACAUUCCCUCCGAACAGAUGAAAAUUGUCGAUGUGGUUGGAGAGGGGGCAUUCGGCCAAGUAUACAAAGGUAUAUAUUCAGCUGAGGAUGGUUCCGAGAUAGGAAAGGUGGCCGUGAAGGUUCUGAAGGAUGGGGUGUCUAAUGAAGUAAAAGACGACUUUGAAAGGGAGGUGGAAAUCAUGAGUGCCUUUGACCACGAUAACAUUCUAAAAUUGUUAGGAGUCGUCACGAAAGGUUUGGAAGGUACACCAUAUAUGAUCUUUGAGUAUAUGUUGCAUGGCGACUUGGCAGAACUUCUUCGUCAUAAUGAUCCUGUCAUGCGCAAAAACACGGACGACGUAAUACUGCAAAAGACUGAUCUGAUCGACAUCGCGAUACAGAUAGCGAAUGGUAUGUCCUAUCUUACGUCACAACACUUCGUACAUCGUGACUUAGCGACUCGGAACUGUCUAGUCGGUGACGGACUCGUGGUCAAGAUUUCGGACUUUGGAAUGGCGCGUGACGUCUACACUUGUGACUACUACAGAAUUGGUGGUUCCCGGAUGUUGCCAGUCAGAUGGAUGUCACCGGAAAGCGUCAAAUAUGGCCGUUUCACAACUGAGUCAGAUAUCUGGGCGUUUGGUGUGGUAUUAUGGGAGAUAUUUAGCUAUGGUCGACAGCCAUAUUAUGGACAUUCGAACGAAGAGGUGGUGCGAUUUCUCGACGAAGGAAUACUACUACAGAGACCAGAGGAGUGUCCUUCCACAGUAUACCAUGUCAUGCUCGGCUGCUGGAAAAGUGACCCCAGGGAAAGAUUGGUGUUUAUAAAGUCUCACAAACAUCUUGUUGACUACAGCAAAACGAUCAUGCGCAGUGCACACAUGCAGUCUGUCAACAUGGAUGGUGAAUGUGACCUAAUCACCACGUAA